AUGCUUCGUUUGAAAUUUAAUUCAACAAGGAGGCUAACGGCCUUGGCAACUAAACACAAGCCUUCUUCGGGUAUAUAUUCAUUUCAUCUUCAAAAUAAAUUUAUUCAAUCCCAACGAUUCCAAUCCACAACCAAUGACUUUAACACUAAUGCAAUUAAUUCGGAUAGUAAGAAUUUAGAAGAACUAGACGUCAAUAAAACUGUUUCUAGUGCACCACAACCUUGGUAUUUGACGAUGGUUAAGCGUGAGAAAUUAGUCGAAAAUAAUACGAUUCUAGAGGAUCAAGUUGUAAAAUACCCUGAAAAUAGUCCAGGCUCGUUAAUAUCAAUAAUCGAAAUGUUAAAAACAGAAUUAGGUUUGACAGAUAUUCUAAUUUUCGAUUUAAGGGAAAAAGAAACCAAUAACGAGUAUAAUUAUCCAACUGCGGCUGCCAAAAUUAGUGAUUUUAUGGUUUUAAGCACUGCACAAUCUACAAAACAUUGUGAAAAAUGUUUUGUUGAGUUGAACAAAAUGAUGAAACAAAAAUUCAAUUCUAUUGCAUCAGUUGAAGGAAAUAUAAAUUCGAAUGAUGAAAGAAAGAAACAGAAAAGACUAGCAAGAAAGAGAAACCUGGAAAGAUCAUCGUUGGCUAAGAAUCCAACAACGUCAACCUCUAGAGAUUCUUGGUAUUUAGUGGAUUGUCAUCUUGAUAAUAUAUUUGUUAAUAUCUUAACCAAAAAUAGAAGAAAAGAAUUAAAUUUAGAGGAACUAUAUGCACCAAAAGAAGAAAGGGAAAAAUACCGUUAUGACAAUUCUAGAAGUGAUUUAGAAUUAUCCGACGAGUAUUCCUCUGGGAAUAAUAUACUUUCUGGCCUACGAAAAAUAGCGUUACAAAGAAGAAGGGCUUAUUCUACAUUGGCCAACCCUUCACAACUUUCUCCAGAUAUAGCAUUUGAUAUAUUAAAAGGACUAAAUAAAGACAACUUACACAUCAAACUGAAAGAACUAGAUCAGCUCAAAUCAGCCUCAUCCUUAACUGAUAUUGAUACAUUAAAUUUUCUCAGUUCAGCGGCAAAACAGCUUUCUAAUAAACAAGAAAAGAAAGUAUACUUUAAAGGACUUCAAAAAAUGUUUGAAUCUCAAUGGCCCUUAAUUAUACCGAGAACAAAUAGUGAUGAGUUUUGGUCAGCUAGGUCAAAUUUUUACAAAAGCUGUUUUGAAUUGAAUCCUCAACAAUUUAGCUUGAAAGAUUAUUUUAUCAAUUGUCUUUUGAUCAAGAGGGUCUCUGGAUUCAAGGUAGAAGAAAAAGAUUUAAUUAAUUUUUUUAAUAUUCUGUCUAGCUCCCUUUUGAGCAAUGAGAAAAGCAAUUACUGGAACCUAAUAAAGUCAAAUAAUCUAGUAGUCUCCGCAUUGAAUUUAAUUGAUGAUGAACGUAUAAUAAAAAACUCCCAGUUCAUAGAUACAUUAUUAAAUACUAUGAUAAUUGAUGAAAAUAAGCAUUCAAGAGCAUUAUAUGAAAUAGUUGAUUAUCUUGUAUAUAACUCGGAAAGAAGCAAUAAAGCUUUAGAGAUUCCUAUGAUCACUAUAAUAAUUAACGCGUUAUGCAGAGUUCAAAAUUGGUCAAAGUUAUGGCAAUUCUGGGAUAUAUUAGGGAAGAAUGCUAAUUAUAGAAACGAUUUUAGACCUUGGGCUGAAUACCUUAGAUUAAUUAACAAAAACGGUAAUGAAACUGUACAUAGAAAAAUCAUUGAAGAUGGUCAAUUAUUAUGGAUUGUUCGUAAUGAUGUGCCAUUGACCAAGGAAUUAACCGAUCAAUUAUCUAAGUUCUUUUCACUCUCCAAUGAUGAGGGAAUAGAAACUGAUACUGUUAAAGAGUUAAUUCUAAAUGCAAAACCAUCUCCUGUAUAA